AUUUAUCCCUUUUGUGUAUCACGUCCUUGCAUUACGCGUGUAGUAUCAACCCCCAUCCCACCUAAUUCGCCUUCCGCUCCUAACUAAAACCUCAGAAACAUCAACCAAAACCUCUUUCUUCAUCCUUCAUUCCCGGGAAUUUCUUCUACAUUCUUACUACUUCAUUUUCUUGAUUUCUUCCCAUUAAUAAACCACCAAAUCCCCCCCCCAAAAAAAAAGCUAUCAAAUUUACUCAAAAGAUCAGAAAUUUCCCCAGAAAUCAGCAGUUUUUCAUUUAUUAUUCCACUCAUUCAACCAUGGAAGUUGUCCCCAUAAUUAAAGAGCCAAACACAAUCGCAGAAUCGGACACAAACCCAACUCUUGGUUUUCUUCCGAACUCCCAUUCCUCUUCUUUUCUCUUACACAACGGAUUCGGGUCGUCCCAGAUUUCCGAUAUUGAGAUGAUAACGAUACAGUCAGUGUCGUACACCAGUUUGAAAGACAUGUUGCCGUUGUCGCUGACCACAUCGCCGACGUACAAUUCCAGCUGGUACGAGAUACCCAUCAGUAACCCGCUGGUGAAGCACGCGGCGAUGGCGUAUUUGCAGCCCAUGUCGACUCCGCGGGAGGUCGGUGGUAAAGGCGUGUUUGGGAUGCUCAAGGAGUGGUUUUGCGGUGAAUGUGGGUGUCUCGCCUUUAUAAACGAUGUCGUUUGGGUAGCUCUGAAGGAGGCUUUUAGGAGGGGAGAUGGGCUUGACGACGAAUAUGAACACGAAGUUGACUGAAAGGGAGACAGUUCUUUUUUUUUCUUCUUGUUUCUCUUUUAUUUUACUUUAUUUUACUUUAUUUUUUUCCUAAGUUUGACUAGUAGAUAGUGUCAUAGUGGAUAUAAUUUGUAAAUAAAAAAGUCAUGUGCAGCACUAAAUGCACAAUUUAAAC